CUGACUGUGAGGCAGACGGAGCUCUAGCGGUCAAACUCUCCAAAUCUGCAUCCUCCGUCCUCAAAGUAAAACCCUGGCGCAGUCGCUCCAGCUUCACUUUUUUUUCCUUUGGGUCUUUGCAACGUGUGUGUGUGUGUGAGUCUGUGUGUGUGUUGUAGUUUUUGAGCAUGCAAGGCAGCGGUCCUCACCGAAACAAGGAGUUAAAAAGAACAUGGACAAACCGGCAACUUAUAUUUUACAAAUGCACUUUAUAUUUAUUCGUCUUUAGUCUGGAACUGAAGAGCGGCGUUACUGGUGAGUCAAAAAAGCUCAACUUUUGCUUCAUUUCAUUCAAGUAAAAGUGCAAAUCCUGGGCAGACAUUAGACGGGCUGUGCAUGCUUUGGAUUUAGUAGCGACUUCCAGUCAGAAAAAGCAGCAGAAAGCAGAAGGAGAUGUGUAUUUUCUGAGUUUUUAUGCUGGAUUUGGUGCCUCGGUAUCCCACGAACUAGAAGUCCGAGCUGUGAGUGGAACCAGAUGUGGAGAAAAACAGGGGGAGGAGGGACGGGGCUGCUGGCUUAGUGUCUCUUUUGUCAUUAUUACCCACAUUUAAAGUUAAUUCAGAGCUGCAGAGCAUGGCACAGUUGGUGUUGUUGCUCCAUAUUCGGACCGGAUGGCAGUUUUUUUAGGCUAGAAUGCAAAGCCGACGUAGAGUGACGCUUCAUUUGGCACCCUGCGGGCAGAUGUGACCUUUACAUCCUGUUACAGGCUGCAAUUAACACAUUCAGCCCAGUCCUCUGCAACUAGCUCACUACACCGUUAGGCUGCAUGUUAUGUGAUGCCACGAUGCUGUUAACUGUUUGGAGACCAGGCUUUCAGCUGAGUCCGACAUAACAUUAGGAGGACUACACUAAAGUAAAGACUCAUCACGUGUUUUCUAUAAAGAGUUAGGUUGGGGUUAAAACAAAGUGAUUCUAGUCUGCACUUUAAAAUCCUUGGUAUCAGGACACUGUGCUGUCUCUUUUGUUUUAACUUCAAUCUUAUAAUUAUGCCUUACAGUCCCACUUUUGUCUCUCCCAGAAUAACUGCAAAAUCCACAUCCUGAAUUAUUUAAGAGACUCGUUUUUUUGUUUGUUUUGUUUCCAAAUGAUCUAUAGAGGGUGACUUUUCAAUCACUUUUGAGUCAAACGGAUGAGCUGCAGAGAAAUCUUUGGUCCAAAUAACUGUUUCUGAUUUGUUCUCUUUAGAUUUGUUGCAUGAACGGUUUAAAAAUUGAAGUUACUAUGAAAAUUUGAGAUCUUUUCUGCUUGAUAGAGGUUUUUGCUGUCCUGUUUGCCUACAAUAUACCUUUUGAAACCAGCAAAGGAAAGGACAAUUAUUAUGCUGUAUUGUUAAUGGACAAUGGCUCUUGAUCCCCCUUUUAAUUGCAUUUUCCCUUUUCCUAACUAUUUUAUGUUUUUAUUUUGGCCCUCAUGGUCUCAUUUUAUGUUGCAUGGUUCUUGUAUUGUCUGGGUUCCCUAUGCCAUGAAAAUGCCCUUCAAUUCCGUUUUAACUGAGCUUUUUGUUUUAAUCUGUGUUUUUCCAUGUGCUUUAUGACUGUAUGUCAAAGCACUUUGUGAACUUCUGUUUUUAAAAGUGCUAUACAAAUAAAGUUAUUAUUAUUAUUAUAGUGGGGACUGCGUCAGACUUAAGACUCAAAAUUACAGUCUCACACACUUUAUUUCAGCAAAAUGAGUUUUUAUAAGCUGCAAAGACAGCUCUGUGGCGUCCUGUUGUCUCGACCUUUACAACAAAUCUAUCGCCAGUUCUCUGCUCAUCACAUUAUUGGAUGCCCCUCAUCAUCAGUUUAACUUUGACUGUGAUAAGUUGUUAUUUCUGUUCUACCAUGCACAAGUGUGGGACUGAAGGAAAAGAAAUAACAGCAUGCUCUCAUUCACACGUUGGUUUCUAAAUUCAUGGGGGUUUGUGUUUGAGUGUAGCUGCAAUAUGCAAACAUGCUCCUCUCUCCAGAGUCACCCUCCCUGCGCUCCCAUGCUUCUCACAUGAGGUAAAAACCUAUCCACUGCUCUGCUGCCGUGGAGGCAAGACCACCAUAAAACACCAAAGAAACAAACACAGCCUGCUGGAAUUUCCUGUCUGUUUGUCUGUUGCCAUUGUAUCAGUCUGACCAGUCACAGUCCUGUUUUUGUAAUCUCAGACAUCUGUCAAAAUAAGAAAAGCUUACGGGAAAAGCAUGCAGUGUAAACCGCACAUGAGAUAAACUAGUCCUGAUAAAAUACAGAGAUGGAGGAGAACAGAAAGAUCUUUUGACAGUGACCGUGAGUCACAAUGCAGCCGACAGUGUGGUGUCAAGAAGUUAGUCCAGCUGAUGAAAUCUCAGUCACAGUCUCCUCCAUGAUUGGUCUCUCAAGUUUCAGCACUCUCCUCAAACCAGGUCCAACUCAUAACCGGACUGAGGAGGUGGAGGUUCUGGGAAUAUCUGCCUCUCUUGGCGAGUUUUGCUGGUUGUUCUUGGCUGUGGGUUUGAGCCUCGCUCUUCAGAAGAAAACUGUCUUGCGCCUUGAAAAAAACGGGGUGACGGGGCAAAGAAGUGGAUGAGAUCACAGCAGGAGAGCUGUUGUGGCUAAGCUUUCACAGGGCUCAAUGGCUUAAAGUUAAUCUGGAAUUCUGCACUCUCUCUGAUUGCCCGCGAGUUUUCUCACAUCAAACAUCCAGUUGUGUCGCCCUGCAGACUGGAAUUAAAACUUCCUUUUUGAAUUGGUGUCUUGCUGUCUGGGCCUUCGUCUUCAGGUUGCCUGGUGGCUCAAAAGCUUCUGCCUUGAAAGUCUCACAUCGCCACCAUGUUAAUACUGAGCUUAUAAUCACAUACUGAAGAGAAUUCAACCCACAAUGCACUGCUUCUUUCUACAGGGCUGGCUUUGGUGUGAAAAUCUGCCCACAGGCACCGUUGGAGCUGACUGUGCUCUAUUUUUAAAAAAUGGCUUUAAUUCCCAUUGUGGAAAUGACAAAAUGGCAUCAGACUGAUUUAUAGCUGCGCUUUGUUAACUACUCAGUGUUGUGUAAGUCAAACCAUUGAAGUAUCCGUAAGGAUUUACUCACAUUGAGGAGUAUAACUAAAUCCUGAGCUGUGAUUAUAGUGUGUCAACAUUUUAUUGUCUGUUGUGGCAGACAUGACUCUGUAUUUGCAGUGUGGAGAUAAAUCACAACAGAGAACUGAGGAACUGAGGGUCAGAUUGAGUCUAAUCCCAACUAACACCUAAAGUAGAAGAAGAAGAAUAGGGUGCUGCUGAAUCUGCAGAAACAGAAAUCAGACAGUGCAGCAAAUGGCAGUGUAGCAGUUGGUCAUACCACCUUAAAAAAAGGAAGAUGCAUGUGGAAAAAUUUAUUGAGAUGUGGGGAUUUGAUAACCCACGUGGUUAGUUAUUCUUUAGAACUAAAGAGGAAGGAGGUAAAGAACAAGGGUGAACAAAGGUCAUCAUGUUACAUCAGCAAAAUAAAAUUUCCCUCUUCAAACCCAAGAACAAUCAGGCUGUCUAGAUGCUGGAUCAGCCUUUUGAUUUUUAAAGCAUAAAUUAAAUGACAUCAUCUGAUUUAACAAGUGUUAAUUUUAGAAAUAGUAAUGAUGUGCAUCAGGGGCGUGCAAAGACUGGGGUGGCCCAACUCAGGCAUUAAUUUAAGAGUGAAUUAAUCUACUUUUUCAAAUCAACAUAUUAUAUUUGUUUCAAUGAUGUUGUGCCAGACAGAUAUUUCAUUUCUUUAUAAAUAACUUAGCUCAGAAAGAAACAUCUCUGGUACUGAAAUGGUUCUAAUAGAUAAGUUUUUGAAUAGUAGCUAGUGUACAGGAAAACCUCUUCUGCCCUUGCUGAGGCCAAAACUGAGGAAUUUAACAUCCAACGUCUGACAAGGCAAAAAAACUGGAUACACAUCAGUAUUUAGGGUGGCUUACAAGCUGUCCAGAAGGGCCCAUACCAGCCCUCCAGAGGGGUGUCCAGAGGGCUGGCAUGUAAUAUAAAAGCAUGUAUUGGCGUGUAUUACUGUACAGGGUUUCUCAAAGUAAAAACAAUGAAUCAAUUCACUGGCAAAAAAAGAUUUCUAAGUUUUUCCGAGGAUGGAUUCAACAGACUCUAAAUUUCUUUUCUGGCGGUCACUUCCUCAUUUGAUCCGGCUCUGGAUUGUGUUGCAUUAUUAAGAGUGACCAGAGAAUAACAGCAUCAUGGAAAGUCUGAGCCCAAAAACAAUAGUGAUGUUUUAAAAUGUUUGGAUCAGUGUUUGGGUACAGUUAAAGUUCAUUCCUCCUCUCUGGUUUUUGAAAAUGAUGUCCAGUAGACUUAAAAGGAUGAGCUGACAGCACGCAGGCCUAACAGCUGGGUGUUACUGUGAGCGGGGUGCUGUUAUAAAAAGAGCAGGGAGGUGAUUACAUCUCAUUACACCGUAAAGAGCACUUUCAAACUUCAGCUGAACUGCUCUGUCACUGCGCUCUGAUCCUGUGUUUGCUACCAAGCAAAGCACUAACACUGCUUCUGAGAAACUCAACCACAGAGGCCGAGGGCAGGAGAAGGGGGGGCGUGUCGGUCGUCUCCUCCAGAUUACAGGGUUUUUUUUUUUUUUAUGGAGACUCUAUUGUCUGUGUGUCUAUAAAAGCAGCACGGGAGGUUUGAAGUGUUUUAGCUGAGAGGUAGGAAACGAGGGAUUGCUGCAGUGAGUGGUCUGAAGCAGCCACACAGGACAGGAGGGUUGUGUUUUUCGAUGGUGAUCUUUUCCCACCUUCCCCACUUCCUGGCCUCUCACGGGAGCCCAACAGGGAGGAAUGCUGAGGGUCUCACUUUCUCUCCUCUUGAUCUGAAUCCUGACUGCAGGCGUCUGUGUGGGUUUCCUUUUUACAUAAUUUCAGCAGGACCUUAAUUUAGAGUCACACCUACACUUGUGUGUCUUUGUGUCUCUUUCUCCCACCUUCAUGCAGACUCACAAUCACACUCACAGUCCUGGCGUCUAGGUUACCGAACUCUGAAUCCUUACGGUAUAAAUAAAUGUGGAAUAAAGGAAACCACAUUCGACAGUGAAAUGAUGUUUCCCUGAAAUUGCUGUCAUUGAGGCUCGUGUUCAACAUCUGUUCUCAGUAACUCGUAGUUCUCUGCUGAUACUGAAUGUAUUUCUUGGUGUGCUGCGUGGGUAACACCUCACAGGCUGCUAUAGCUCCUCAGAGAACCAUACAGAGGUAAUAGCAAUAAAGGCGUCAAAGUACAGCAGCGAGAGAGAGGGCUGCAGACUGGAAAUAAUGAUCCCGUUGACCUCUAAGGAUCAUUGCACUUACAUCAGAUUCAAGGCAGUUUGAACAUUGAGUUAUUGAAAUGAAAGGUUUCAGGCACUCUGCAGAUACUCAUGAUCAUUCUACUAACAUAUUUUUUGUUUAAAAUCGGUUACUGCUGCUUUACAUAAUGUAGGUCAAAAGGUAAUUCCAGGUCAAACUUCAGCAGUGGUGUGAAUUCUUGAGGUAGCGCAUGUUGAAAUGUUGGAGUUAAUCUUGCAUUUAAAAAGAAAAUCAUGUGUUACCACUUUACAGAGUUUAUUGCAUGAUAUCCCUUCCUCUUUUUUUUUUUUUACCACAAAGAGCGUAACAAGACUUCAGAAUGACGCCAACACCAUUUUGGAGGCCUGGUAAAAAAAAAUUUGAAUUGCGUCACACAGACACACCAGAGGCUAGAUCUCACACUAGUUCCAAAUGCUGAAUCCAUCAAUAGAGAUAUUGAACCAGCCUCUGACCUCUUCCCUUUGCCACAUUACUGACUAACAUGGCAUCCUGCUUUCACCAGAGGUAUUGACUGAUGUUCCCCUCUCUCACUCUCUCUCUGCACAGCGCCGCUGGACUCUGAUGGCGACUUUGCUUUUUUUCAUGAGGGUGUCCAGGGGUGCCUGGGGGUGCGGGAUCACUCCCUGGUCCCGUCCACCUCUUGUGAGGAAAGCCAUCAGCGUUGGAAAUGGGUGACACGGGGUCGCCUGUUCAACCUCGGCUCCUCGCUUUGCCUGGGCAUUACCACUGGGAACCUCACCUCCAGGAAGGACAGGUCUCCUCUGGGUGUGUACACCUGUGAUCGUGAGCCGCCAAGAGUGCGCUGGACCUGGAAGUGUGGACAGGUGUUGGAAACCCUUAACAACUACCUUCCCAUCCCCUCAAUUUGGAACUCCUCCGCAGCCUCCUCGUCUUCAAAGUUUAAAUGGAUCUUACAUGGAGGUUUGGAGGAUCUGUGUUCAGAAUCAUAUCGUGGUAAGCACACCUAUCAUCAUCCAGCAGGUCCAGAACUGCACAAAAACCAGUCUUCAGAUAGUUGCUCACCUGUACUUGAUAACCAGUUUAUGAGAUUUCCUAUAAAAAAAACACAAAUUUCCAAAACCAGUAACUCUUGGCAGAGCUUUCUUGGUUAUUUUAGCCUCUUACCUUUUUUUGGUACUUGAUGAAAUUUGGAUAAAAGGAAGAAUGAUUGGGUUUAUGUGAAGAGAAGAAGGAUAUCAAAACUAAACAGCAUAAAAAAACAACAUGCAGAGUUUCAAAGAACAUAUCAAACCCCAGAUUAGUCAUUAAAUCCAAAUAUACAUUUAAAAGCUCCAAAGCUGCUGAUCACGUUGCAGUGUUUCAGGGAUAUGCUUCUUCUCUGUAGGUUUUGCUGCCUCUGUGUGGCAGAGGGGUUCAGUGUUGUGAAAGCCACAGCUGCAUCUGAUCAGAUGGAUACAGCAAAAUAUUGCUCUUAGGGAAUGGCUGCAGAGAAGAAGUGGCUGUUUGCCAGUCAGAGAGCUAAGCGAAACACUGCUGGUGUUUGUAAACUCCAGUAAACACACAGCUGUCCUUGCUUUAAGAUUUUUUUCUAUAUAUGCAGAGUUUUCAGUCCAGAUUAAGGCUGACAGGCUGGUUCACAGCUAAGCCUCAUCUCCACCGUCAGACCUACAGAUUUUCGAACAUCACAGCUUUCAUUGACAUGCUUUCCUGAGAGGCUAAGUCUGCUAUUUAAGAGUACAGUACGCUGCAUCUGCUUGACUGCAAUUAAAACCAGAUCUGCUGUUAAAGUUACACAAACUCUCCCUGUACCUCUGUCAUUCCUCCUCCUCUCUUUAGUCCUUUAUUUCUCGACUGGUUCCUUUAACAUCUUUUAGCUUUCAAGUGCUGAACUUUGUUUCUUUGUGAAGUCAGCUGGCUGCUGGGGAGGAAUGCCUCUUAUAUUAGUCAGUCGAGGAGCAACAUGGCUGCAGCCAGCCAGUGGUGGAGCAGAGAGGGACGUCAGGGAGGGAGCGUCAGAAAUCUUUCCUCCCCCCGUUUAACAUGUCUGCCCUACUUUCCAUUGGCCUAACUUGUUUUGAUAAGUUCACAGAUCCAGCCUCUCUUGCUCACUCUCUGCUUCCUUACUCCAAACUUUGCUGUUAUAGAGACUUAAACUUCAACCGUAUUCAAACUGCGAAAAUCUGAUGGAGAUAAAAAUAGCAUCUAAUCUCCUGAAGUGAACCAUUUUUAAGUCUCUUUACUUAAAUCACAGCUGUGGAGUCAGUUUUCACAUAAAGUUCAUGAUAAAUUUUCCUAUUUUCUCUCUAACCUGCUUAUUUUUUCAUUUCCUCCUCUUUCUGCUGACCUCUAUUUGACUGGACUGUUUUCACUGUAACUCCAUCCUCUGUUUUUCGCCUGUGUUUAAUUAUACAAGUCUCUGAGAAAACAUGGAAGGUAUUUUAGUUCAGCACAGUUCACAGCUACAGCUUUGGACAAAACAAGCUCAGACCGUCUCUCCUGCUUCAUGCAAGGAUUUAAAAUUUCCAUGUAUUGCUCCCCAGAGAUCUAUACAAUCCAGGGGAACUCUCAUGGCCGCCCGUGCUACCUGCCCUUUCUGUACGAUGGCCAGUGGUUCCACAGCUGCACAAGUAUUGGGCGCGAGGACGGUCACCUGUGGUGUGCGACCACUUUUGACUAUGGCAAGGAUGAGCGCUGGGGUUUCUGUCCUGUCAAGAGUGAGUAACAACUUCACAUGUUAAGGACAGAGCUAUCACUUCAGCGGUCCAGCAACCACCUCUCUCUUUCUCUCCCUCUUAGGCAGUGGCUGUGAGACCUUCUGGGAUACUGAUCCACUGACAGACAGCUGCUACCAGUUCAAUUUCCAGGCUACACUGUCGUGGAGCGAGGCUCGGAUCAGCUGCCAGCAGCAGGGGGCAGACCUGCUUAGCAUCACUAAGGUGCAUGAGCAGACGUACAUCAAUGGUAAAGUGAUACUGCAGCUACUUGUUUGAAUUAAGUAUCCUUCAUUUUCCUGUCUUUAAUACCCCCAAGCCUUGAUCUAUGUCUUAAAUCACUGUCUAUAUGUCUGCAGGAGUAGAUGACAUAAUAUAAUAUGAGUUCAGGGUGUUAUAAAGCCACCAGUUUCUCAGUUUCUUUUUGUUUGGACUCAAUUCAUAUGAAAAAAACCCUCUCCGUUAAACAUAAAUAUGUAUAUCUCUAUAUAUAUUCAUAUUUAUGUAAUUUAUUUAUUCUCUCUCCCUACAUAAUUAUUGAUUCUUUUGGAUGUCCUGACUCUGCUGUCAAUGUGAAGCCUAACUCAUGCUAUCCUUACAUAACGUUUCUGUUAUGUACGUAAUACAGUGUAGGCAGAUAUAAUCUUAGCUGGCUCUGGAUAUUAUUAGUCCUGAGUGAAGGCCCCUUAUUUAGUGUUUUCUCUUUUGUUUUGUCUUUCUUUACAAAGUUACAUAAAGGGUUUGAGCUCUUGUGGUGUUUUGUAGCAUUGAAGAGAGCUGUUUUUUUCCUGCUGUUUCAGGUUUACUGACAGGCUACAGCGCUGCUUUGUGGAUUGGCCUCAAUGACCUGGACAUCAAUGGAGGCUGGCAGUGGGCCGACUCCUCCCCUCUUAAAUAUCUCAACUGGGAGCCAGGUUGGACUAUAUAAAUAACCCAAACCUGUCUGUCUGUGUCUGUGACUUUGAAAAGAAAAAUAUUUACUUCCUACAGAGGUCUGAAUAUGCAUGUUGGCUUAUUUUAAGCACCACGCAGCUUUGGUUUUAAAUCCACACUCAGUGGCCUGGUCAGUGAUGUUCUUACUGUCAUCCUGCAGACCAGCCAAACCAUGCUGAGGAGGAGAACUGUGCUGUGAUCAGAACUGAGUCAUCAGGUCGCUGGCAGAACCGGGACUGCUCUGUUGCGCUGCCGUAUGUCUGUAAGAAGAGGCCCAAUGCUACUCUGGACCCCUUCACUACUGGUGAGAGAGAGAGAGAACCCCUGACCCUGUAUGAGAGUCAAAUCUGGUUCUGAUGGUUGUUAUCUCUGCACUUCCACAGACUCGUGGGCAGAUGAUGCAAAGUAUGAUUGUGACGUGGGCUGGCAGGCCUUCCAGGCGGGCUGCUACAAACUGACUUCAGAGAAACUGGACUGGGACACAGCUCAGAAAACCUGUCAGAAGAGGGAGGCAAACCUGGUCAGCAUCCACACCCUACCUGAGCUGGAGUUUGUCCUGAACAGCCUGAGGAGAGGUGACAAGUCCAUUGUGCACCACAGGGCACCACUUUGUAGUUUACUUUCAGAUAAAUUGUAAAAAAGGAUAAGUGCGCUCUUGACAGGCGUUUUGAUAUAUUUCUGUGGAGGUGUUGAUAAAAAAAAAGGACAAAGAAGAAGAUCAGGAGAGCAGGCGUGUAUGUGACAAAUGUUGAAGUGAAGGAGGUUCACAAAGAGUUCACAAAUCUCCCCAAACAGGCUUUGAAUUCUGUUCGUCUGUUACUAUUUUCAGCACAGAGGAGCAUGAUGCUCUGAUGUGUCAGCUCUGGUCCCUCCAUGGUGCACUUUAUAUGAAAACAAAAACACAAACACCAAAAAAUGAACCCUAUUCAGUGAAUUUCCAUUUUUUUUCCUUUAUAGCAUGCCCACAUUUCUGGAGUUCGCUCAUAUGUAGUGGAAAUCAGGCAGCUCAUCCCAGGCAGGAAGAAAAAAAUGAGGAGAGGGAUAAAGUUUUUAGGUCAUGGGAGAGCUCCAGUGUCUGAAUGGAAAAGUUUUGACAGUUUCACAUGAAGACCAAAUUUUUUUUAAAAUUUUUACUUUAACUCUAUUCCUGUUUACACUGACUUUGCCUUCUGCUUGGUGUCAGACAUCGAUCAGAUCUGGAUCGGGCUUCAUGACACUAACAUGCAAAUGGACUUCCAAUGGACGGACAACACACCCGUCAUCUUCACCUACUGGCACCCCUAUGAACCAAACAACUUCCGCAAUACCCAAGAAGACUGCGUCUCCGUCUGGGGAGCUGUAAGUGACCUUCUACAGCUUCACACUGACCCCUGAAUGUUUGGGGCCUGAAUCACCACAUAGUAAAGGACUCUCACUGUCAGCCCCGUCCUCUUCGCUUGUGUAUAUUUGACAGCUGUGUUCUGUCUCCUUGUUUGUGUCCCCCUUCCAUGUGCAGGAGGGCCGCUGGGAUGACAGCCCUUGUAAUAUGACUCUGCCCUCCAUCUGUAAGAAACUGGGAACAAAGAGUGACGGGAAGCCACAGCAUCAAGAGUGCAAAAAAGUAGGACUCUUCUUCUUCUUCUUCUUUUAUUGCGCUCUUAUUCCCCCUUCCUCACACUGUUAGUGCUUUAGAUUACAGCCCCCCCCCCCUGGCUGGACCUUUUGUUUUUUGUUCUGCUCCAUAAUGAAUCCAUUUGGAUCUCUCGCAGCGUUUUCAGCGCUGUUUUUCUAGCUGCUGAUGGUCUGUGGUGUUGGAGCGCAGUUAUUAGUAUAACCAUUUCAGCCAUCUCGCCACCUUUAACCCUUUUUCCCAGAGCUCCCCUCAACCCUCAGCCCUCCACUGGUCCACCAGACUGCCCCCAGUCUGUUACUGUAAUAUAAAUCACUCCCUUAAGACUAGAGAGGUUACCAGAUUGAACCUUGGACACACAAUCACACACACACAUGCACACUUCCCCCCUUGGCUUAAUACUUACUGUUCUUUUCUGUUGCGCCAAAUACACACACACACAUGCAUUAAAAAGAAACUUGAAGUCUUUGAGGCAUUCAAAUUUGAACUUGUUUUUUGUGUCUUCAUCCCACAUGUAUAAACAGUAGAUAAAACAGAAAUGCACUAUCAUGUGAAGUACUUGUGCCCACAUGCUGAAUUAAAUCCCAUCUGGAGGAUCCAUCUACAUCUGUGAGUGAUUUCACAGUCUGUAAUUCUCCCCAGAUGAGACCAUAGACUCUCAUACCUGACUUGUCUCUACCUGGCCAAAGCUUUUAUUAUUCACCACUUGUACAGUUCGGUAAAGGUUCCUCAUAGAGGUCAUACAAGAUCAUCACAGUCAGAAAAGAAACAAAGCUUUGUUCUUAAACUUCUCUUAGUGGUGUUUUUCUAAUUUCUGCAGAGUUGAUUUAUGAGGCUCAGAGUCGUGCUGUUUCUCAGCUGUUACAUUCAACAAAGAUCUCUCUAUUUGUUUAGCAAAAUGAAACCUUACCCCUUUCCCUCCAGGGAGCAAGGCAUCAUGGGUGGUAAUGUGAAGGGGGUCAUUUGGUAUGGCACAGGCUAGAGGGUGGUGUGGCAGCGGGGUCUGGCUUGAGCAGAUGAGCUCACUUCACACAACAUGUGUAACAACAAUGACAGAAAGCCUGCUGACCGUUUUGGCAAUGCAACACCACAUGAUCCCAGGACGAUAGACCCGGUCCAGCUCCGGGCUCAUUACUCAGAAAUGGAACCCUGUUAUUCUACUGGCUCACUAUAGUGGCCACUGCUUACAUUAUGACACAUCCCUGCAUUCAAUUUCAGAGGGGAGUGUAUUUAUUAUCAGCUAAAGGCAGUUGUUUUGUGUGUGAUUUAAAAUCAUCUACUCAGUCAGUGGCAACAUGGGGUGUGAGCAGCUGUUAUGGGCCCCUCAGCCACCACGGGGCCCUAUAAUAACUCAAUAUAACUCAAAAGUAAAAAUCAACAAAAUCUUACUUUUAAAAUAUCCAAUCAAAAAAACAAAAGGCAAAAUCCAACUGAAGACACUGGGGAAAAAAAUCACAAGGAACAACUGGGGACACAAGCAUGCGCACACACAUUGACAUACAAUGAACCAUCAAGGACAGGGACUAUAGGCUCACUGGGAAAGGAGUAACAGGUGAGGCAAACACACGAAAGAAUAUUAGGGCCACAAAAAAAGAAAAAAAACAAUUACAGGAGGGAGAUUUUUUUUAAAUUUCCAUUUCAGGAUUAAAGUAGAAAUCUGGAGAUUAAAGUACAAUUUUUAAAAAUUCGAGAUUAAAGAUCGAAAUUACAUGAAUAAAGGUGAAAUUUUGACUUUUAUCUCAAAGUUUUAUGUUUUUGAAUCUUUAAAUUUCAACUUUAAUCUCGAAAUUUCAAAUUUUAAUCUAGAAAUUUUGAUUUUAUUGACAUCAUUUUGAGUUUUUAAUCUCAAAAUUUCGACUUCAAUCUCGAAAUUUCGACUUAAAUCUCCAUCUGUAAUUAUUAUUUUUUUCUUCAUGUGGCUCUAAUUCUCUCGUAUAGACGAGACACAGGUGAAACUCAUGGAUGAUUAAAAAAGGAGAGAAAACUAAGGAAGUAAAACCAGACUAGAAACACAAGGAAUCAACUACUACAAAAUAAAAUAGGAAACACUGAAAACUGAUCUAAAGAAUAAAACACAGAGAACAGGAGGGAAACAGGGUCAAACACAAACUUAAAACUCACAAGACAAGACCACAGGAACAACAGGGAACAAAAACACAAGGGAAAAUACACAAAGAAAAUACACUGAAAUAACAAAACCAGGGAAAAAUUAAAUCAACAGAACAUGUCAUGACAUGUAUGGGCUCUGUCUGUUCAGUUUUGUAAAUAUUCUAAGCUCUUCAAGUCCUCAUAAUUCUAUCAACACAAAUCUAAAAUUAGGCAGAUGUGUUUUCUAAUCCUUGAUAUGAAUGUAAAUAAAAACAUUAUGACGGUGUGUUUACAGAUGAUGGUCACAUGAGUGACUACAGGCACACUGUAGUUCAACUCGUCUGAAUUAAUCUCGGUGCUCUUCUGUGAACCUGCUCUGAGUCAGCGUUAAUGCCGUGCCUGUAAGACAUGCAGAGGAAGGAUAAGAACGAGUGUUGAGAAGAAGACGUGAGUUUGAGCAGAUCAAGCCUCUCCAGCAGCUAUAAUCUCUGAGGUUUCUGUUGAGAGUCCAAACGCGGCUGUGCGAAAAAAAGCCUGCGGUUGGGCUUAUUCACAUGAAGCUGUAUACGAACUGUCUCUCACUAUCAUUCUUGCAAUAAAUCUCAACUCUCUUGACCUCCUGCGUGCUGGAUGCGCUCUGCGUCAGUACACGUCCACAACUGCAGUCGUGAGCUGGCAGGAGGGAUUGAGGCCAAGGAAAUGUUACUUCUGCAUGCUUGUUCUUUUUAUUUUCCUGCGUUUAGGAUACAGUUUACAGUUAUAAGUGGGCUCACGUCUGCUUCAAAAUGGCAAAUUGGCAAUGAUUUCUUUGAGGCUCUGGGGGAUUGCUCUCUCUCUCUCUCUCUCUCCCCUCUCUUUCUCUGUAGAGAGUCAACGUUGCUCUGAGCUUGGAGUUAUCUGCUAAUUAUGCUGUUGCUGUUUGUUGUGAUGUGUAAUUUUGAAAAUUUCACAGCAUUUAUAGACAAUAACACUCUGCACAGGUUAUUUUAGGUUUUGAUUUUCUUUCUCCUUCGUCUCUGUUCCUCUCUCCUCUUGUCCCAGGGCUGGAAGUGGCACAGCCCUGCUUGUUACUGGGUGGGAGAGGAUCUGCAUACCUUUGAAGAGGCCAGGAAAUCCUGUGAGGACCAGGGAGCCACCCUUGUAACCAUUACCAACAGGUGUGUAGCACAUAGACUCUUAACACACCCAACUCCCUGGCAAGGACGAGGAAAAGUAUCACCUUAUGUUUUGUUCCUUUUAAACCUUCAAAGGUUCGAGCAGGCCUUCGCCAACAGCCUGGUGUUCGGCCGCUCUGGAGAUUCCUUCUGGAUCGGCCUCCUGGAUAAGGGCAGCCCAGGCUCUUUCCACUGGCUCAGUGGAGAUGAAGUGUCCUACACCAACUGGAACCGAGACCAGCCAGGUAGCUUAAAUGUGUCAUAUUUAAAUUUGUUUUAUGGGAACAUUACCAUUAUUGCAGGAUGCAGAAUAGGGCUGGGCAACAUAUUGGGUGUCGAAAAAAAUAAAGAAAAGUUGGUUUUGGAUGUGUGUAGGUAGGCUAUGGUGUCCUACGUUGGACAUGUGACUCCACCCCAUACAGUCUGUAACAAAGAGGGAAAGACAGGAGGAUGGAGGGCGGUUCAAAAGUUGUAGCGGCUGGAGCGGCAGCUGAAGUAGACAAAGUUAAUGUGAUAGGGGGUGAGCAGCUUGUGGAGUAGUUAUCGUCCAUUUAUUGUUAUCGAGGUGAACUGCUCAGUAUAUUGUGAUAUUGAUUUGAGGUCAUAUCACCCAGCCCUAAUGCAGAAUGACUAUAAUGUUUGACAGGUCCACUGCACAGAGACAUUUCAAAGAUCCACUUGGAUAUUUGGUCAAAAGUUUACUAAUCUAAUGGUGCAGCAGGAAUAUUAAAAAAACAAAGGUCUAUUCCUGACAGAUCAGGUAUCAUCUAUUAAAGAUGUUUUAAUAUCAGGUAAAUCUAUUGUAGUUGUGAACACCUCACAAAGCAGGUAUAUUUUACCAUACUCUUUACAAAGAUACCCUUCCUUUUCAUGGGAUAAUUCAACUCCAAGUAUAUCCAUUCAUACUCUGUAAAGUAUUGUGUUUAUUCUCUUAUAUCUCAUUUUUACAGCAGCUUUUUUCUCUUUUUAAACAGAAGCAAUUAGUCUGUAAAUUAUUUUCUUGAUUAUUGGAGAAGGUUGAACACCAUUGUUUCAUCUAAUUAUUGGCGUUGGACGUCGUCAUACUCUAUAAGUGUCCUAGCUGGAGGUUUUCCCUGUUCAUCAAACACUAAAAGGACUGACUCUUCCACAUAUAAAUAUUUGUAAUGCCAGAAACAAAUUUACAAGAAUAUCUGACAUAUUGAUGACUAAUAAAGUCCAUAUUUUGCUAGUACCAUGCAGGGAGUACACAGAGCCACAGAGUUUCUAAAAAAAACCAGAAACACUUGCAUGGGGGAGAAGUUGCUAUUUAUAUAUAUAUGAUUGAAAAACCGUCUGAGUCAUGGGUAGACGUCUGACAGUUAUCAAGGGAUGCACUUAAUUGCUACCACAGCAUUGUCCCUAGAGAUGACAGUAAAACAUGGCAUUAUUCUGAGGAGAGUUAAAGGUCUGAUCCAUCUCUCAUAACUGUGUGAAGAAACAUCUUUAAAAAACAUCUUUUUCUUUACCUCAGCCUUUAGUUAUAUAUACAUCUUAUCAGUAUAGCUGUUUUUCUUUGUGACUAUUCAUCCACUUUCCCCUUUCUUUACAGUCAGCGUCGAUGGUGGCUGUGUUGUCAUGGCGACUGGCUCGGCAACAGGUCUGUGGGAGGUAAAAGAGUGCGCGUCAUCAAAGGCAAAAUUCAUCUGUCGUCAAAAUCAGGACACGUCUCUGAGCCCGGAGCCCCCAGUUCCGGUCCCUCAGCCCACGCCGAGCCUCAGCGGAUCCUGUCCCAGCAGCUGGAAGAGCAGCCCCAACCUGCGCUACUGCUACAAGGUUUACCUCAUCAACGUCUCUCUGCCUCACAUCACCUCACUCUGCUGGGAGUGUCACAGGAAUAAAGCCUACUUUUUGUUUAUCAACUGAUUUUGACACUGACAAAAAAAUUUUUUCCAACAUUCACAAAAUAGGGGGGGAUGGAUAGUAAACAAUGAUGGAGCUAUGAAUAAAACAGCAGUGCUCCCUUUGAUUUGGUCCAUAUUUACACUUUUAUCCCUCGGUGUGCAGGUAUUUCACUCAUCCCAGCUGGAGCAAAAGCUGAGCUGGCUGCAGGCUCACCUGUACUGCCGCAGACACGGAGCCGACCUGCUGAGCAUCGGCAGCCCUGAGGAGGAGCACUUUGUGCUGCAGGUCCUCCAUGAGGCCUUCGGGUGGGUGUGCAUUGUUAAACAUGAUGAUUUAAUGUGUCUUAAGAUAAUUUGGUGGUGGUAGUAAUGAUGACGAUAAUGAUGUGGGCCACAGGGAGUCAGAGGACCACGAGCAGCACUGGUUUUGGAUUGGACUGAACCGUAGAAACCCUGCAGACAACGGCAGCUGGAAGUGGAGUGAUGGCCUGGCUGUGAGUGAUAAUAAAAUGUAACUUUUGACAAACAGAUGCUGAGCACAAUAUAGCUUUAAUAAUGACCAGUCCACUCUUUCUUUGUGUCUCAGUUCACAUACCAGAACUUUGGUCGAUACUACUACAACAUCCGGCAGUGUGCUGCAGCAGAUUUGGGCACGAUGACUUGGCUGGCUAUGCAUUGUGAUUCUGAAUUAGACUGGAUCUGCAAAAUCCCCAGAGGUACAGCAGCACAGGACUAUUGUACUUUUUUAAACAUUUUCUGCUCAUCUUCAGAAAAUACACUUUAAGACCUUCAGCGUUAUUCUCUGAUUGGAGUCUCCACAGACUUUUCUUUCACUGCAUUUUCUCCCAUUUCAUAAGUCAUGAGCACUUCUCUCUCCCUCCUUUGUGUGUGUGUUUCUUUAGGUAGUGUUGAGAAGGAACCAGAAGUCUCUGAAGGUCAGUCAGCCUUACUUUCUUAGCUUUGAACUCCUCUCUGCACACUUAAAUGAUUUCCUAAGGGCUUAUUUCAAACCCUUUCUGCUCUCUCUCAUGACUUUCUCCCCUUCUUCUCUGAUCCCUCAUCUGUCAGGCACCAGUUCACCAGAGUGGAUUGGCUUUAAGGAGGCUGAAUAUAAAUUUUUUGACCACCGCACCACUUGGGACCAGGCCCAGAGGAUUUGCUCCUGGUUUGAUUCCUCACUGGCCUCGGUCCACUCUGCUGAAGAAGAGGCUUUCCUGGCUAACACUUUAAGAAAGGCACUGCAAACUUUAUCAUGAAGUUCAUCAUUGUUUGCACAAGCUGAUUAAAUCCAGCUAGCUUAAUGAGGGCACGGCCGUAGGAAAUACCUUACAAGCACAAACCUGUCUAAUUACUAUGUCUGUAUUCUGCAUGGCAACCUCGUGUCUCUGUGUCUGUGGCUUCAACACGCCUUUUCUCAGCCUCUGUCCUAUCUUUAGAUGGUGAAGGUGGAGGGGGACAACUGGUGGCUGGGGCUUCACACCUAUGACAACGAUGGCCGUUUCCGCUGGUCUGACCACUCUGUUCUCAAUUAUGUGUCCUGGGCCCUUGGGAGGCCACAUGCACUCAGUCGGGAUCGCAGAUGUGUUCAUUUGUCUGUCGGUAAAGGUAAGAGCAGCCAAAACUGGACUAAAUAAGUUCCAAGACUUUUGUUUCACCUUUUCACCUCAACCUGAGAGAGAGACAGAAAACGUUCAUGGAUUGAUCCUACAUGCCAGUGCAACAAGAACUGCAGCCUCUGUAUGGGGUUCACGUUUAAACCUCUGGGCCAGUGACACCCCCAAACACAACCCUUUUAACAACCUUUUUGUUUUCCUCUCAUACAGCUGACUGGUCUGAUCAGAAGUGCCCCUCUGACCUCCCCUACAUCUGUAAGAGAGUGAACGUCACAGGCACCAUUCCCCCAACUCCAUCCCUCCCCUACAAACCAUCAGGCUGUCCUGAUGGAUGGUCUUCAUAUCAGCAUAAGGUAAAGCUACAACACACUGACAGAUGCAUCAUCCGGUUACUAUUUAAGUCCAACUAAUGAUUCACAAUGUGGAGGAUGCAUCCUAUAAAUAACCACACCUCACCUUGACAUCAUGUGUGCAAUGACUUCUGGUGUUUCUGCAGUGUUUCCGAGUGUUUGAUCAGACUGACCGGGUCACAUGGUCUGCAGCCAAGUUGAAAUGUGAAAUACAGGGCGGGGUGCUGGCGGUGGUGUCCAGUUUUCUGGAGCAAGGUAAUUAAAGCAGAAUAGAGAUGUCAGAGUGCAGGGUUGUGGUGGUAAAACCAAUUAAAAUUAAUGAGCCCACUUCUCAGAGUGAAUUUAGAUACUUACUUUUGAACUUUAUGAAGUAUCAUUAAUUUAUAAAAUAGGUUUCAAUUAUUGGUUAAUGUAAGUGGUACAUAAUUUCACCUAACGAGGAUCCAGCUUUUUUAUUACUAUAGAAAGUGAUUUUUUUUCUUUGAUUCUCAGAUAUUCAUGUGUCUGUGAUCAUUUUUAUCUCUGAUCAUUAGGGUCUAAUGAGACUGAUUAUUUCACACACUGGAUUUUGAUGUGAUCUUUACCUCUCCCCCCCAGCCUUUGUCACCACCCUGCUUUAUAACACCACUUCAGACCUUUGGGUGGGCCUGACCUCAGACGCCAUAGGCCAUUUUAAGUGGGCCCAGCCUGGCCAGCUCAGCUACACCAACUGGGCCCCUGGAGAGCCUCUGGACAACAACGGACCACACCACAACAAGACCCCGGUACCCCCCACACUCACCCAUCAGCAUUUCCUGUCUUUAUUUCAUCCUCAGCGUGUUCCUGUUGUGUUGACUUUAUUGUCUCUUCACAGGGGAACUGUGUGGUGAUGAUUCAUGGGAAUCCCCCGAAGAACACUGGCAUGUGGGCCUCCCGACCCUGUGAGAUGGAGAGUCAUGGUUUCAUUUGUCAAAGGCAACAAGGUGUGAUAAUAGUGAGACCACAACAAUAUCGCCCCAAGACAGGAGAGCAAGUGUGUUGACUAAAGCACUGACUUUAUUUCUUCAGACCCAGAUCUCCCUCCUGCGCCUCCUCUCAUACCUGCCUCUCUGUCAAAGCCUGUGGAGCUGGGUGGAGUCACCUACCGAAUUGUGGAGAAGCCUCUUGACUGGACAGGUGCUCUGCACCUCUGCAAUUCAGUGAACGGGACCCUGGCCAAGGUGACAGAUCCCUACCAGCAGGCAUACCUGACGCUGCUGAUCAACACCCUGCAUCAACCCGCCUGGAUCAGCCUCUAUAGCUAUGGAGUGAGUGCUCUUAUAACAACAGUACAUCUUCACCAAAGUCAUUGUUAAAGUCACACAAGUACAAUUUGUUACCAGACUAAGUGGAAACUCUAUGUUGUCAGGGGCGGAGCUUCACCUGGUUAGGUGAAGAAGAUGUUUCAUAUUCAAACUGGAAAGAUGGGGAGCCUAAUCAGCUGGCUGGAUGUGGCCACAUGACCACAACAGGGCUGUGGACUAUGACCCCCUGUGAUGCUAAGUUGAAGGCUGCUAUCUGUCAGAUAAGUGGUAUGUGUUUAUAUCUUAACUGCAGAACUACAUGUGGUUAUGCCUAAGGAUGAUCCUGUUGUGAACAUUAUAUGCGCCUUUGUAACUUCUCUAUAAUGUGUGAGUUCUCUGUUUUAAUCUCUGUCCUUUGUCCUCUUCUUAGAUGAGCCCGUGGUUCAUCAGUGGCUCUACCCGGGUCAGUGUCCUCACUCUCUGGGAGAGUGGGCUUGGGUGCCUUUCAGAAACCACUGUUACGCCUUCAACCUGCAAAGUCUAAGACUGCAGCAGGAUGCACAAGUGUCCUGCAAAAAAAGUAGGUUAAAGUUAUACAGUCACUCCAUCAACCAUUCUCACUUUAUUAAGCUUUGCUACGCUGCUCAAUAAACAGAACUAUCUUUUUUUACCUAUUUAUUUAUUUAUCUCAAACUUUAAGAACAACAAAAAAAAAACACUAAAUACAAAAACACAGAGCAAAAUAAUACAUAUGUACACAAAGCAACUUUACAUGUCAAAGAUAAAUUUAAAUCAAUUUAUCACAUAUGUAUGUCAAAAACAAAAAGUUUGAGAAGGAACAGAAUGAAGCAAAGAGCUUAUCUAGUCCUGCCUCUUCCUUGCAAAUCAGAGUCAAUAAUGUAUGGAAAUAAGAAAAUCUAAUUGGAUAAAUUACAAAGAUCUGUAUAAAUAUCUCUAUAUUAUACUCAAAGAUAUCAGCUCUACACUACAUAUGUUACUUGAUAUAUUUAUUUGCAUAAUUAUAAACUACAAAACUGAAAGUUAAUUAGGAUCAACACCUCGUAACAAUUACAAAUGUUGUUGACAAAAUGCAUUAAUGAGCCUUUUUUUAGAGUAUCAUUCUAUGAGUCAUCUGCAUUAUUAUCAUUUUUUUUAUUAUUAUUAUCUCCUUCUGCAAACAAUUUUACUUUUUCAUUCUUCCUUUUUUUAGUGGGAGCAGAACUCCUCUCAAUCCUGGAUGAGACAGAAAAUGGAUUUGUUUGGGAACACAUUCAGAGUAAUGCAGAACAGGCACAUGGAGCCUGGCUGGGCAUGAGCGUGAAAGGUCAGGAGACAUCAUCACCUCCAUCUGUCUACAUCGCAGCAGACUCAUUAACCUUUGGAUUGUCUUUGUCAAGCAUUUUUUAAACAAGUCUGUUAAAUUUCUAGAUGCUUCCAGACACAUUUUAUCAUUGUAAUUUGUCCAAGUCAAUAAUUUUGCUGACUUGAUUGUGAUUUGUUCAGUGUAAAAUUGUGAAACAAUAAUGUGGAGGAACUUGACUGUGACUGUUUCUCCCAUGUAAAAGAAUAAGACAAAUAAUGGGCACAGUGUCAUAAAAACUAAUAUGUAAUAUAUGAUUUAUUAAGUAAAGUGCCCUGAAAUGUGCUGUAACUGAACAGACUACUGUAAACCUCUGUGCAUAAACAGAUCUUGGGAGUGUGUCUGAGCCCCUCUUGAUGUAUGUCUAUAUCUGUGUGUUUUUUUUCUGCAGGUAGAGGUCUUGUGUGGAGCGAGGAUACAGAGGUGACAUAUGAAAACUGGGAGGCGCGUGAACUUGCCGCUUCUGUUUUGUCUCCAAACUCCUGCUUCUGGAUCCUGAGCAACAGCGGCCUGUGGAAGCCGGGCUCCUGCAGAAACCGCACACAUGGAGUCAUCUGUAAACAGCCUCGCAGUAAGCACACCUGAGAGGGACUAGUUUUCAAAACAACAAAUACAAGGAAGCAUCAAGGGUUGGAUCACCUGUUAACACAGAUGCUAAGAUUUGUAGUGCUAUACCUGGGCUUACACAAAGAAUCUGCUGUAUCCACUUCAAUAAGUCACAAAAAAAACACAUCAGUUUUAAUGAUAUGCUAUAUUUUUGCCCAUCAUGUUUCCUUUCUUCAUUUUUAACAAUCUAACACAUCGGUAAAUACAUUAUUCUCUAACUGUCCCCUUUUUUUUCAGCUGCUGAAAUGUCAGCUGUAACAUGUAAGUGUGCGAUUCUGCUUCCAUUUAAUUUCAGUCUGACGUGACACUGAAGAAUAUGAACUAUUUCUACUUACACUGACGUCUGUCCUCUGCCUCUCCACAGCGGAAAGUGACCACCUGCCCACUGUGAUUGUUGUUAUGGUUACGGGCUUGGUACUGGUGGUGUUAAUUGUUGGAGUGAUCUACCUGUACCGACGGCGAACUGUGGGGUCUGGGGGCUCCUAUGAAGGAGCCCGCUACAGUCGGACCAACUCCAGCCUGGCUGAGCAGACUGAAAAGAACAUCCUGGUGUCAGACAUGGAGCUGAACGAACAGCCAGAGUAGCAGCAGCUGAUCAAACCUGGACUGGACUGACCUGAUACUGGAGAGGCUGACUCUAACACACAUUGUGGCAUUUAUAUUUUGUUCUCUUUUGAAACCAAAACAAUGUUUUUUAAAGUGCUGAAGAGCUGUGCAGAGCGCAGCGGAGAUUAAAUUUUUAAAUGACCCCACAGAUGCUGCCAAGACUUGACAAAUCAGAUUCAUCCAGAAACAAACUAACUUUACCCAAAAGUCUUUCUCAAAGCUCAGUUUAUCUUAUCAUGGGUGUAAAAAUUCAAAAAUAGAAUUGGUUUUAUGAAAUGACUGCUUUUCUUCAGUGCCAAAGUAAACUUCAACUUGUUGUAUAUUUUCUUCCUUGUUCCCAAACAAUUGGAAGACCUACGAAGCAGAAAAGUGCCAUCAGAGCCACAGAGUCUCUGUCCUCCAAACACACCGCCACAGUCGUUUUCAGGACCAAAUCUGUUUAUUGCUUUGAUCUCAUUCUGCCAUGACAGUAUUUACAUGACAUUGAAUUGGUUUUUGUUUUUGUCGUCUCAUGUUGGUUCUUUUCUUUUUCCAUGAUUUGCCAUCGUCCGUGCAGCUGUAGAGAACUGUUACCGAUGAUGCAUGUGUGGUUUUUGUGCUCCUGCCUCGCUCCUCCUCUCUCAUCGGACACGUCAGCACCAGCUGUCAGACAAGCUGAGGAGGAGGAAGCCCAAAUGUGAAUGUGUGGAAGGUAACAGGGACCAUUUUAUUUGGUGACUUUAGACCAUGUAAGGCAGUUCCUUAGAUGUGGUACAACUGUGCAGGUAGCUGAGCUCUGUACGGGGCUUGGCAUUGAAACUGGUCUUCGGUGGACUAUUAUGUUGGUACUGCAGGGCUGGAAGCUAUUAUCAAAUAGUGACUUUCAGCCUCCAUGGCUCUGUGUACAUUUUGGUACCUUCUUCUUUUAUUUUUCAGCUUAUUCAGUAUUAGUUAUCUGCUUUCUUCUAGUGGUUAAUGUUAGGAUACAGUUCCUUCCUCAUGAUUCAGACUUUAAGUUUGUGCUGGCUCUGUGUACCACCAUCUGGAGCUGAACUGGCUGUUUUUAAGGACAAUAAUUCUCUUUGUGUGCACUAUGAAAAGGGUUUGCCAUAAAUGAGUCUGAUUCAUCUGUUUUAUGGACCACAGUUGACUUCUCUGUAUGUUUUAUCUCAAGGAUAUUCUCUCUUAUCAAUGAUGCAGGUUUAUUAUGUUCAUUACUCAAAUAUGGUUUUAAAGACUUUUAGGAAACUUUCCUACUUUUGUGAGACACUUGCCAAACAAAGGAAAAGAUCCCUCAUGUGAAUGACAGCGGUGUAAAUAUGAGAGCCAAAGACUGUUUGAAUAUGGAAUCACCAUGAGAGAAAAAAAAACUCUUUUUUUUGUACGUCAUUUUCAAAUUUCAUAUUUGCACAAAUGAACAAAAUUUUUUUGUCAUUUACCUCCUUAAGUGUUUCCUUCUCCCCUCUGCGCUCACAUUUCUUUCUUCCUGCACAGAGGAAUGCUUUGGAGUCGUGUCAGUCUGAGGCUUUUGGGGUUUCACUGAGCUGCUGUGAAAAAAAAUGCUUUUUCUUGCUCCAUAAGUUGGACCAAGAUAGAGGGGGAAGGGAUGAGGGGAGGGUGUAAGGAGAAGUGAGUGUGUGUGUGUGUGUGUGUGUGUGUGUGUGUGUGUGUGUGUGUGUGUGUGUGUGUGUGUGUGUGUGUGUGUGUGUGUGAAAGAGAGAGAGAGAGAGAGAGAGAGUGUGUGCAGUCUCCAGCUGUGGAAUGUUGAGUCGGCAAGAAGAGCUCAGUGGCACGUCUGGAACCAAUCAGAGAGAGAGGGCUCAGGGACAUGAGGGGUCAGAGGGAGGAUGGAAAAAAGGAAAACGGGAUGAAAAGGGAAAAAGACGGAGUGUGAGGAGGAGUCAGGGAUGUAGGAAGAGAGGAAGGGGGAGUGUAAUGCUUGGAAGUGGAUUGUCCUAGGCCUACCCCGGCCUCUGCUGGUGGCUCACUGUACUUCAACUGUAUGUAGUAAACCUGAAUUGGUUGUGGAGGUCCGAUGCCCCCAUAGUUUGUAAAUCAGUGAGACUGUGUUGAUGAUGCAGGCUGGCGCUCAUCCCUGUGAAGAUUACCUAAAGCACCUAUUCAACUUUUUUUUUUUUUUUAACUAUUUUGGUGUCAUUUUUAUAUGAAAGAAAUAAAGUCUAUGUUCUCAGAACUGUUGCUUUGAGCCUUAUUUAUGGAUUUUAGUCAUCGUAGUUCUGAUUAUUUUUGAUUUUACAAACACUAACUGUGGGAUCCAGACAGUAAGGAUGAUGGAGGUACACUUUCUAUAAAUGCACCACUUAAAGUGGAUUGUAAGCACAUUUAUAAAGCCUUGCAAAUGCUCCUUAUACGUCCUCAUAUCUAAGAGUGUGAGAGAGUGGAAACGUGGGAGAUAGCGUAGGGGGAAGACACGCAGCACAGGGUCAUGGCUGGUAUUGAACCCUUGACCAUUGCAGAGACCAUGGUCCCCAACAUGGGGCUCGCCUUAACCCUCUUGGCCAUCUAUGCAUUCUUAAAAUUACCUAUUAUGUAUACUAUUACUUCAAUAGUAGUACAAAUUUAUAAGCAGUACAACCCAAGUAUACUUUAACCUAAGGCACAAAUACAUACUUAAGUACUUAAGUAAAUCUUAAUCAAAGGUUUAAGUAUAAGUAUAGGUUUAAUAUAUUUAGACUUUAAGUAAAAUUCAUAGUUGGAAAGUUGGAAAAGAAAAAAUAACUUCCUCCUUAUUUCUUCUUCCUCCUUCUCCCCUUGACCCCCUCAUCCCUUGAUUUCAUUCUUCACAGUCUCUAAAACCACCAAUUCUCAGAAGGCCUCAAUAAAAACAAGAAAAAACAAUAUAUGACAAGAAUGUGAUUUCAACAGUAUAAAAUCAUAGAGUUUGUAUUUAAAACACCAGUGGGUAAUUUAAGUUAGUAGUGGCAGCAGUGCUUACAACUUAUUUAAAAACCCAACAGCUGAUGGGAUAAAUGAGCUCAGGUAUCUGUUGGAUUAGCCCUCCUGGCAUAAGUAAACCUCAGAAGUCUAAACUCUACAUACAGGGGGUGCUGAGGGUAUACUAGGAUGGCCUUUAUGUGAAAAACACGACCAAGAGCAUUUAAGUAAAAGUUUAAUGAUGUUUCCCAGACUGUUUUUGUUAACCAUGCUGAGAUUACCAAAUCAACAGAUCAUUGCAAAUGUUAAAAUAGACUCAAAAGAUCUUUCGGUGCAGCCACCAUAAACAGUAGACUGCUUCUUUGCUGCACAGCACAGGUUUGUUGGUUUCAAUGGGGGACAGGGUGUGGCUGCAGAGGAAGAGCGGGGAGAUGAUGUACCUGUGACUGUCUCAUGGUGCCUCUUCUGGUCAGCCUGGACCCCCAUCCCUUUAAAUCCUGAAAGUUGAAUAAACGUACAUUCGCACACCCAAUAACAGACACACACACACACACACACACACACACACACACACACACACACACACACACACACACACACACUUACGUUUUGCAAGUUGUUGGAUGUUGUCACUUUAAAUGAGAAAUUUCUGUUUAAUUUGAGUAUCUAGAAGUAAAAAAAACAGCUGUAUGUUGGGCAUAUUUUUCUAAACACUACCUCCAAAAGCCUGUGAGCUAUGACUGUAAUGUUAGUGUUUAACCACAAGAGAGCGCUCUUUGCUUAAUGUAAGUAAACCAGAACUCCUUUUCGCUCUGUGUGGACUUAGUCGCUGGCGUUUAUCUGUGUUGGAUCAUCGUGCGUCUCUGCUGAAUAAAAUGUCUAAAGAAAUGAACAAAUCCUCUUACAUACUAUUGGUGGGUUUCUAUUUAUCUGUGGCCAUUUUUCUGUCAAUCAGCAAACUAGUGAUUUGGUCUGAUAAGUGGCAGCUAGUGUAAGACACAAAUCUCCAAAAAGCAGCUACAAGCCAGAACACAUAGAGACCAUUAGGUAUUUGAACCUAUGCUAGUUAAACCAAACAGCAAAUGUAAAGGCAGUUUGAGGUCUCCACAUUUCAUCAGAGGAAAACAAAAUUUAAAAGGCAAAAUUUGCUUAAAUUUUAGGGAUGCAAAUCCUCAGCUACAACUAAAAAAUUCAAAACAGGUAAAACAGUAAAAAGAAGAUACAAAGGAUGACUGUACUGCAAAAAAUUAGGAAAAGCAAUGGAAGCGAGGGCUCCAAAAAUGCAUAUACUGUAUGAUGCAAAUCAAGGGUGCACAAAGCCAGAAAAUAACAUUUAAAGGGAAAGGUGCUCAAGCCAUCCCAAUGAAAGAGCUCAAUGCCUUUAGGGGGGGCUACGUGGACCUGUUUCUUUUCAACGAUAGGAACAAACAGAGCAAUACUAAAUUUUAUGACACCAAUGUGACAAACAAAAAAAAGGGUCAUCCUAACUUUGGAUUUCUGGUUUUAUUUUGAGAUCAAACUUAACGGAAAAAAAAAUGUUUGUUUUUUACAGAUACAUUUUUAAACCUCUUACCUGUGUUUGAUACUUGAUGCUGGUUAGUUAAAGCCUCCUCACAGUAGCCAUAAAUUCUGGAUAGCAAAAGGCAACAACAGUCAACCUGAUCAUUGUGACACAAAUGUCAAAUCAGUCUGUGAAGAGGGGAUACAACACAUGAAAUGUGCUGUUCAUGUUUCACCUCUUCCUGCUGACAAUUUAUCAAAAACCUGUAUUUAGCACAGCACAGCAGCGCAUGAUGUUGUUGACAUGCUUGUGGCAGAGAGCUCUGUGGGGAGUGCUUCUUGAGUCUGACAAUAAGGAGUGAUAAAAAAACUACAAUGACAAGGAGGCUAAUUGACUCUGAGCAGGACCCUGAAACCCAGAGUGUUGCAGAAACUGCAGGACUCAUAGCGAAGCAAGAGGGGUGUUAUGUGGCAUCAAUUGGUGUUGGUCUCUGUGGGUCUGAGCAGGUUUUUGUUAGGGUAAGCCCUGGUUUUUGGGGCCACAAACACCAAAUUAGUUGUAAGCUCACAGUCACCAAAUUUACUGGACUUGGAUUCAUUCUGUUGUGUCUUGUGUCCGCAUGAAAAUCUCCAAGUCCAUUAUGGUUCACCUGCCCCCGUUGAGCCCUGCACCCCUCUAAAAGAGACCUCUUCUGGUCACACAGGUGGAAGUAUAUGCUUGUUAUACAAAUCAAAGCAUCUCUCUGUAAUCCAUCUCACUUAAGAUGCCUGUCACAACUCACCCACCUGCAUUUCCACAACACUCUGUACGAAACAUGCAGGGAUUGUGGACUCCUGCAGUUAUGUAUUGGCUUCAAAACCCUACUGCCUGUUGCUUUUUACGUGUCUCUGGUGAAUGGCAACUAUCCACAAGAAACUCCAACUCAUAUCUCAAGUAAUGUGUAUUCUGUCUGCUAAAUGUCUAAACUAAGUCGUAGCUGUGGUGAACAUUUCCUGUUGUGGCUUCAUUUGAAUGUUUUCGCUGCAGUACGUGAGCACGAUACUUUCAUCUGAGAAUUUUAUUUUACUGGCUCAAAUUAUUAUCAUUCAAUACUUGCUGCAGUGCUAAUGCUUUACCCCUCUUCCUGUCUUUCCAUUCUGCAGCAUGCACCCUACAAAAGCACGAGUGUGAGUUGAAAAGUGUUGAAUCAUGAGGAGGUCUUCAUGGUGGCCUGUGGGUUUCUCCCGCCCAUGCAGCAGCCAUCUUGCCUGAGGCACUGUGGAUACACCUGCCGGAGUUGCAGUUUAAAGACUUGUGGUGGCAGCAGAGGUCUCAGCUCUGGGAGCAACAGAACAAAAUCACUGCUUAAAUCCUCCAUUCGCCAUCUGAGACACUUGAGUGAGACCCUUCAUGAUUAAUUAAGCCACGAAAAAGGUGAGAAAGGAGAGUGAAGCUCUUCAAAUGGCUCACUUCAUGCCCAAUCAAUGACCUGUUCAUUUGAAAGUUUGGUUUGUCAGCGCUGUUCUUACGUUGUAUUCCCUCUCCUGUGGCUCUGCUAUGUGGGAGUGUUGGCUCUGCAGGUUGAGGGAGGGGGACCGCCGAGAAAGCUGCGUUAACAAGUGAAAUUAAAAACCCAUUCACUCUUCUUCAGUCAUUCAUUUGGAGGCCAGCCAAAGGAGAAACAGCUGUUGGACUGGCAAUGGAAAAGAGAGAGCGAGAUUUAGAGUGUGUGUGUGUGUGUGAGAGAGAGAGAGAGAGAGAGAGAGAGAGAGAGAGAGAGAGAGGCAGGAGAGGGAAAAAAAGUGACUUCAGAAAAAGACAGGGAGCAUUUUUGAAAUGAAUAGGACCGAACACUCUUCCCUCUGAACACCAGUGCUGGAGUGGAUCUUUAGAAAAGGAGCUGCCUCACUAAAAACUUAUUCAGCACUCAGAAUAGCUUUUGGUUUCUACAAUCAACCACUUCUAAUGCUUCUGGUCCAAAAUGGUAUCCAUGUGAAUGACAGGCCAGCUUAUCAGUAAAUAGCUGCCACAAACAAAGUCCCUGUUCUUUAAAAGGAAAAGCUAAGGGGUGCUUUUCAGCAAACAUAAAGUCCAUAUAAGAGUGAAAAUCUCAGGGACACUUUUAUCAAAACAAGGCUGGGAAACAGACAAUUCUGCAAAUGUAUGCUUUUAUUUGCUCGGGAGGGCAUAUUUGAGCCAGAAGAGUUUAUUUAAUGUCCAAUGGGUUAGAUAGGCUGACUGAUAUUCAACAAACAAUCACAACGGUUUCAGCUGACAGGAAGUGUCUCCAGCAGCUUAGAAAUAAAAACAAAUAAAAAUCUUCCCUAAAAAAAUCCUAAGCUAUAAAUUAAGACUUCUAUUUUCUCUAAAUGGUUUACAAAAACAGCAGCUUUUUGUAAUUACCAUUUUUACAAUUAUAUUGAUCCCUACUUUGAUUUUCUGGAAUAAACAAAUCAUUAAAAGAUCCUGUUAUUUAUACCAAGUUUCAGUUAUGUCGGAUGUUGGAGCUGGGAAUGACAUUACACCCGAGUUGAACGUGUUCCAGUUAACAAGUCAGAAAACCAAGAUGGACGACUGCUGUUAGCCGUUGUCAGCUGUUGUUAGCUGUUGUUAGCUUUACCAGUUGUAAACAACACAUAACACAGUAUUUCACUCACAAAUUGUGCAGUUCAUAGCUCAAAGGCUUACAACUGUGUUCACAGUAAGACGUUGUGCAGUACAACAUAUACCACUUACUUAAUUUCACAAAGCAAAACAGAAGUGCUAAUAAAUAAAAAUUACAAGAGCUUUCACUGUUACUCUUUACUGUUGAUGCACUGCACUGAAAUCUUGGAAUAUGACGUUGUCGUCAAGUCGGGGUUGGUGAAGAUCAUCCUACUUUCCGAGUUGGAAAUCCGACUUCAGCGGGGCAUUCCAGAUGAAUUUCCAACUCAGAAAUUCCGAUUUCCGAGUACAACUGGAACGCAGCAUUACUUACAAGAAACCCCAUGACCCUGACUUGUUCUCAAAUCUUGUUCCAUCUUUCAUCUACCCUGACCUUUGUCCUUUUUUACACUCAAACUGUAAAACAAAAAGGUCAACCCACCGUAUCUUUUUGAGCCCUCGCUCUCUUGAGAGUCAUUUUCCACCUAAUGUCAGAGCUGCAGGAUCUUUGGAUCGCUCUAAUUCUCUCAUAUGGACAAGAAUUCUUGUAGCUUCCAUUUCUGGCUUGCUUUAGGUUGUUACAUUAUAGUUUCAUCAUAAUUCCUUCUGCUUUGGUUCUUUUAUUUUAUCCCUGAGUUUGUGAAGCACCACGUUUUUCAAAGUGCUGUUUCAAUAAAGCACUUUUUGAGCCUCCUUCACACAUGCUCUGCACUCCUGAAAAUGCCCAUAAACCAUUUGGCUACGCCUUAUGAUUGAAUGCAAACACCCAAAUGUUUCCCACUUGACUUUAUUUAGACCUUUUUUCUGCAGGCACUCCUGUGAUAUAUCAGCAUAAAGUCAGGGUGAGCCAAAGUUUGAAAAAAGUCUGGGAUAUUUACAGAGAGAAUAGUGAGGAAGAUGAGGAGAUGGAUCACACUGAGUGAAGUUUUCCUGCUUCAUACUCUUGAUAAAAGUUGCUUUUAUAUUUUUGCUGCUUGUACAUGCAAAAAUCUUUGUCAUGAUUUUGAGUAAAGCAAAAAGGAAAGGACCCAAAUGCAGGACAACAAAAGAUUUAUUCAAAAUAAACUAAAUAGAACAACGAAAACAUACUUCAGAAAUGUCCAACUAAAAAUCCACAAGGGCAAAAAAACCAACAGAAGGCACUGGGGGGAAACCACAAGAAGACACUGGAGACUUUGCAGACAUUGCCAUACAUACCACGCACAGAAGCAUUGACACACAAUGAACUGACAAUGAAACAGGGGAAGACAAGGACUAUAUAUACACACACAGGGAAACGAGCAACGAGAGGCAGGUGAGACACAGGUGCAGACAAUCACAGAGAAGGGAAAACUGAGGAAGUAAAACAAGACUAGAAACACAAGGAAUAAACUACUACAAAAUAAAACAGCAAAUAUUGAAAACUGAUAAUGAAUAAAACACUAAGAACAUGAGGGAACUGGGGUCAGACACAAACUAAAAACUCACAAGAGAUGACUACAGGGGAACAGGAACAAUAGGGCACAGAAACACUUGGGAAAAUCACAAAGAAAAUACACUCUCGGGAAACACAAAACCAGGGAAAAACUAACUCAAACAGCACACAUUAUGACAAUCUUAAAGCAAAACCAUCACAACCACUAAAAACCUCUCCAUGCUUUCAAGACCUGAAAUUUUCUUGAAAUUUUUGGACAUUUAUGUGUAAAAAGGGCUUUACUUACCUCUUCAUUUACACAGCUGGACUGUUUUUGAGCUGUCCCACAAAUAAACUCUGCUAGCUAAACGUUACAUAAACCAGAUGAUAAAGCGAGUUGAUGUCCUGAUUGGUUUGCUGGAGAUGAACUCUUCAAUCAGUGCAACUCUUAAAAGGAUCGUUGUAAUAACACACUCUAACGCGGUGUCAGUUUACCUGCACUGCGCCUUUUUUCCUGUGGUGUAGGCUCCAUAAGACGCUGAUGUCCUGUCCCUGUUAUCUGUCCUGCUAAGAGCUCUUGGCUGUGAUUGCAUCUGGUGUGUCAUCAGGCAGUUUGACAGCUCUCUAUCCACCUGUUGUCGAUGCUCGUCAUCAUCAAACCUCUCUAAACUGUGAGUGUGGAGUCAGUAUAAUAAGGCUCUUGGCUGGUGGGUCUAACUGAGAAACCCAGUGAAGCGCUUCACUUUCAACAGAGAGAGCCUUGUGUGGAGUCAGCCAUUGAUUUUUAGUCAAAAUGAUUUUUUUCUUGGUGAUGAAAACAACCUAUGUGUGCCAGCUCAGUUUUAAAUGGGGAUCAAAUUCCACAAUCUUUGUCUAAAUCAAAGCCUGCACACUUCAAAGUCACUGGAUCAGCAGAGAUGCACACAGAGUGCCAACGCCAGAGCAGGAAGACGGGGGUGAAAAAAAAGCUUCGCUCUCACUUUGCUGUCCAAACUCAUCUUAACUCCUGUCUUUCUUCUCCCUCCUCAUCUUUCCAGAGAGUUUGCAGAGGCAUUGUGUGUCUGUGUGUGUGUGUGCUAUGUUUGUGUGCACACUGGGAUGGACAGCUCUGAGACAGAAGACUUGGAGGGCCAGGAGGACGGAUGGUGUGCAGAGGCAGGUUGUUGGUGGUGUAAGGCGGGGGGGUUGCUGGAGUCCGGGUGUGGUGUAGUUAUCUCCUCUGUGCAGAUGAGGACAUGUCUUUGCCUGCAGGAUGCUGCUCUUUCUCAGGCCAAGGACGGCAGCAUCUGUGUGGUGAAAGGGAUUAUGGGUACACUGUUCCCAGUCAUGCCUUUUGGGAGAAGCCAGGAUCUGCGUUUGGUUGUCUUGUUUGUUGGCCAUUUUCAGGUGUGUAAUUAGCAUCCUUAAAUGGGUUCAAUUACCUGCAUAGUUCGCAUUAACUCAAAAUAACACACAUACAGAUGAUUUGAUAAGGGAGCUGAGAUUUAGCUGGAUAAAUGUUUCACAAUAACAACCCAGAUUUUGCAUCAAAUAUUGAAAGAUUGUGUCAGGAGGCUCAGUUUGUUAAUGUUUGCAGCUUCAUCAAGAGCCAGAACCACAGAAUGGUGUAACACAGCAGUGACAGGAUCAUUUCAUAAGCUGCACACUUCUCCACCUGUCUGAAUAUUCGUGAAUGGGAACAACAAAAGGUGCAAUUAUCACCCCUAAACAGGGACAGGAUUAGACUCCUCUUCAUUUGCAUGGAUUUCACCCAAAAUAAUAAUAAUAACCAGACACAAAUGAGGAAGAAAAAGAGACAAAAGAUGGAGUUAAUUUAUGGAAAGCUGGGCUGCUUCAGUGCUUGAUCGGUUAUUAACCCUGGUAACAUUACGCAAACACACGCUGACACGCAUGUUCAUACACACCUCAAGAUCCCUGAGUCAUGGGGACCAGGUAUUGAGUCCAGUAUUAUCCCUCUGGGAAAUAAAGACUGGAUGCAGGGAGCAGGAGGUAUGAGACGAGGGGACCGUAAGGCCGCACAGCAGAGUAACAACUAAACCCUACCUUUGUUUACCUGUGCUGGUUUCCACGGUGAUGACAGAAAUACGCUGCCUUUCUACGAGAGGAAUUGAGAGAGGAAAUUUUCAGCCUUGAAAACUAAGUGUUGUUCGGGGGAAAAUGUUCUAUUACAGUUUUUUUCUCAUCAUGCAGCACAUUUAUCUGAACAACACCGAGUGUGUUUUUAAUGAUCUGAACACAGACUGAUGGAAUACAAGGUUAGCCAUCGAUGGGUUAUAUCUCUGUAUGAAGCCACACGUUUUCCUUAUUUAGUGUUUUCUCGGUCAAUUGGAGUUAAAUCCUUUUCCAACUACCUUUCUGUCUUUUUAUGAGCGUGUGUGUGUGUCUGUGUGUUUCACUCAGUUGUUUGCCUCUGAGUGUUUUCCACCAGUCAGGAUAUGCAGAGAUGAGCUCCAUUGUUGGCAUAAAUUGCUUGGCCCAGACGUGCUGCCUCUCCACUGGGCAUCUACCGCGCCGUCACCCUCUCCACCCCCACCCCAACCGAUCAAUCUAAUCCUCAGCUAUAAUGAGUUUCCCUUUCCGAGAUCGAGGAGUGGGCAGAGCCAUGAAGUGGAGAGAAGAGUAAGAGUGAGGAGGAGAAGGAGGAGGAGGAAGAGAAACGAGGGGUAUCAGUGGGGCUGAAGGUGUAUUAAGUUAUUCAGAGAGGUUCAAAGUUAUCGUGUUAGGAUCUAACAGUUUAUCAUGUUCCUUAGUGGGCUGAUCUGAAUCUCUACACAGUAGUUCUUAUACAUUGAAGUGGGCUGUAUCAGCAAAUAUAUGACCCACCUUUCGAGCCAUAUGAAACAUGUUUUUUAUAAAUACAGUUACCUUAUAGCUUUGUUCUAAAUUAUUAAACACACAUAUGGGAGGCGACCUAGAUGACAGCUGAGCAUGAGCACAGAGUGUGAAGUUAGACGGACAUCAGGCCACUCUGUCCGUCCCCCAUGUCUGUUUACUCUGAAGCUGUUCAACCUCAUGGGUUUCUACGAGAGUUCCAGUUUUGAGAGUCGAGACGCUGAUUGUUUGUGUAUGGAAACAGUAAGCCUCUGGUGUACUGUGUUAGCUGUAUUGUUGAACUCCACAAGUCCCAAUCCAAACAGUUAAAUCGGUCAUAACAAUUGAAAAAGAAAGAUAUUAAAUUCUUUGCUUUAUGUCAGAUGUUUGAGCAUCGAGCACAAUAUCAUGGCUAAAGAGAGCCUGGAUUCUUUUACUCUUGUGAAAUUACUUAAAGCUCCAGAGAGGAACUUUAAGUUUGGGCCACUUUUGGUGCCUCCUAUGGACAAAGCAGGUGUUUUUCAUCUUGCCCUUUACAAGUUUAAAUGGUGUUUCCAGCAGGAAAAAAAAACAAAAGCAUCUUGCUGGUUUUUGACUGUCAAAUGCAUAUAUAUUUUUGUCAAUACUGAAUGUGGAAAAACAAAAAACUGAGCUUUUUCUUCUGACACCUCCCCCUCACACCAGCGCAUAAAAAUCUUCAUUGUUGAUGGUCUCGUUUGCUUCUGCAUGUCAUACAGUCAUUAAUCUUGAUUUUAGUCUGUUUCAUAUAAAACUUCUGGCAGUAGCUUUAAGAUGAGUGGUAGUAUUACUUCAUGUCAAUAAAAGUGCAAAUGGGCAAGUAUUUGGUAAUAUUUCCAAUAUUUUAAAUUUAGGAUUUGAUGGAUUUGUUGUAUUCACAGCUUGUUUGCCCAAGGCAACAGAACUUGCAGGUCAGAAAAUACAGAAACAUAUGUCUUCAGCAGGUUUUCUUUUGCAACAAACCAGCUCUCUGCAGAGAAAUUUAUCCGCUUGUUGGGCACUUGUGAUAAAAAUUGUACAAAAGUUGGUGUUGAGAAGUUGAGAAGCGCCCUGCAUGUUUGGCUGAAUCUAAGAAGUUAGUGCUGCAUUGCAUUGUGAAGUCUUCCCUGCAGAUACAAUAGAGCCAAAGAGGCUAACACUGACGCCGAAGCAGAACAGAGGAGUGCCUCAGUUCACAGACUCACAGUUCAUCAUCUCACAAAGGGCCAGCACUCUGCACCUGAGGGUGGAAGUCAUGGAGAUAUCUCUCUGCUCACAAAGGCACUAGCAAUCAGUCAAAGAGAGCCAACAUCUCUGUGAAUAUAUCACCCAUCAGCGAACUUUCAUAUGCUGGGUCUUACAGGCUUCUGCACGCCUGCUCAUCUACUGGUCACUUUUUUUUUAAUCCCUCAUGCGAAGGUUAGCUCUCUGUACUCUGUUCCACAGAAAAAGCAGAACCUCAGUCCUGUAAAGCAGCAGCUGAUCACUGUUAAUUAUUUACUCUGUGAGUAAAACUGAGCAUCCUUGGCAGAAUUCAUAAAGCUUGUUUCAUACCAGCCUAGAUAUUGUGUCUAAUGAGCAACUAACCUUGAUGUUGGAAAACAGCUGAUAUUCACACUGAUGGAAAUGGAACAAUUUCUUUUUAUAUUACUUUGAUAAACAUGGCAGCUUUUCAUUUGAUCAUUUUUUUCACAGAUUUAGUUUCUUUCUGUGGCAUUACGAUAAAACUCCUCAGCAUUUGAUCAGAUCGGAUCAGAUCAGAUCAAAAGAUUGGUCCUGUGCCUUUCACUCCUCUGUGUAUCUUUGCAUGGCCGAGCAUCUCUUAGGGUGUUAGCAGGUCCAAGUGUGGCUAAUCUGACCACCACGUGCCUCGAAGGCAGCGGCAUAGCGUGACAGAGCAGGACGUGUGAAAGGCCUCUUUGUUGAGCCGUGUCAUCAUUUGUAUUCAGCGGGAUCAAAGUCUCUCUGGCUGCUUUAAAAUUUGUCCUGUGGCGAGUGUUGCUGGAGCAGUGAAUGACAAUGUCAACGGAUGCAGAAGAGACACGAAUUUACAUAGAAAUAGCUCCAGAUAUGGCUGUGUGAGGAAUAAAAUCUGUCCACAUUUUGGGACUGUGUGAAUCUCUGCCCACCUCUGAGGGCCUGUGUGUAGUAUUAAAUCUGUGUUUGUUGUGCACAUGGGGGUGCAAAAAUGAGACAACAUUUCCCAACAAUCCUAUUUUCGAGUUUAUCAGAGAGUGUGAUGCUUCAGUUAAAGGGUGGAUACUCAGACUCUAGACCAAUAAAACCUGAACAUCUCCAGACUGCUACAGAGGAAUGAGAGGAAAACUCAGAAGGGGGUUCAGAUAGCAGUUAGGAGCUAAUUUAGCUUAAGGUUAGCUAAGUGAUCAGGGGGUGUGGGAUUUAAGCUUAGCGUUCGCUCAGCAACAUUGUUACAGAGGAUUUUCAGGCUCUGACUUGCACUAAGCUUAAUGACUUUUCAGAUUGUUCUUCCUCACACUAUCUGUAGACUCAAAUCAUAACAGCAGCUAAAUAUGCUACU